AUGGCCGCCGCCGCACGCCCCCUUGUACCCGUCCAAUCCCUUCCAUCUCUCAAUGAGAUGGCCACGGAUUCUGUAGCAACCGUUCAUCUUCCCGAUGUCAUGAAGGCCUCGAUUCGGCCAGACAUCGUCAAUUUCGUGCACUGUAAUAUUUCGAAGAACAGCCGCCAACCGUAUGCCGUUUCCAAGAAAGCCGGUCACCAGACCUCAGCCGAAUCUUGGGGUACUGGUCGUGCUGUUUCUCGUAUCCCCCGUGUUCCUGGUGGUGGAACCCACCGUGCUGGUCAGGGAGCUUUCGGAAACAUGUGCCGUGGUGGUCGCAUGUUUGCUCCUACCAAGAUCUGGCGCCGCUGGCAUAGGAAGAUUAACGUCAACCAAAAGCGAUACGCUAUCGUUUCAGCUAUUGCUGCCACUGCUAUUCCUUCUUUGGUUAUGGCCCGUGGUCACCGCGUGGAGUCAGUCCCUGAGAUGCCGUUGGUUAUCUCUGAUUCCGCUGAGAGCAUUGAAAAAACAUCUACUGCUAUUAAGGUGCUCAAGGAGAUCGGUGCAUAUCCAGAUGCUGAGAAGGCCAAGGAUUCUCAAGCGAUCCGGCCUGGAAAGGGAAAAAUGAGAAACAGGAGGUACAUUUCUCGCAAGGGCCCCCUGAUAGUGUGUGGGACUGAAGGUGCCAAGUUGGUUAAGGCCUUCCGUAAUAUUCCAGGAGUCGAGGUGGCUAAUGUGGAGAGGUUGAACUUGUUGAAGUUGGCUCCUGGUGGCCAUCUUGGAAGAUUUGUGAUCUGGACAAAAUCAGCUAUAGAGAAGCUUGAUUCAAUUUACGGGUCCUUUGAGAAGUCUUCCGAGAAGAAGAAAGGGUAUGUGUUGCCUAGGUCCAAGAUGGUCAAUGCUGAUUUGGCUAGGAUCAUCAAUUCUGACGAGGUUCAGAGUGUCGUUAAGCCAAUCAAGAAGGAAAUGAAGAGGGCACCUUUAAAGAAAAAUCCAUUGAAGAACUUGAAUGUGAUGCUUAAAUUGAACCCAUAUGCUAAGACUGCUAGGAGAAUGGCUCUUCUGGCUGAGGCAGAGCGCGUGAAGGCCAAGAAGGAGAAGCUCGACAAGAAGAGAAAGGCUGUUUCAAAGGAGGAGCUAGCUGCUGCUAAGGCUGCUGGAAAGGCAUGGUACAAGACCAUGAUUUCUGACAGUGAUUACACAGAGUUUGAAAAUUUCUCCAAGUGGCUUGGUGUCUCCCAGUAA